CUUAAGCCCAGCAAGAAUCAGAAUCCGAUACCGCCAAUUCCUUCUGCUUCUUUAUCCCCACCUUCAAAGCUCACAUGAAGCUCUCUAAACCUCUCUUCUUCUUCUCCUUCAUCUUUCUCCUCACUACCGGGAAUCCCGCCGGCGUUCAUGCUUCUGCAGGCUAUAAUGGCAGCAAGAAGAACGGAAUAAAUGGGCUCCGACCGACCAAACUGUUUGUGUUCGGAGAUUCGUACGCUGAUACCGGGAACAACGGGAGAUCGGUGGCGUUUUCUUGGAAGCAGCCUUAUGGCAUCACCUUCCCCGGCAAACCUUCCGGCCGCUUCUCCGACGGCCGUGUCCUCACUGAUUUUAUUGUAGCUAGGUUCUUGGGAGUGAAGUCUCCUAUACCGUACAAAUGGAUGAAGUAUGCUCCGCGACGGCUGCAAUAUGGUGUGAACUUUGCAUUUGGCGGCACCGGCGUGUUUGAUACACCAUUUCCGGCGCCGAACAUGAACACACAGAUCGAUUUUCUCCACAAACUGAUUAAUGAUUCUGUCUAUACAAACACCGACCUGCAGUCUUCCAUGGCCUUAGUUACCCUCGCCGGCAAUGACUACGCUACCUAUCUAAUCAAAAAUGGCACCAAUGAGGGUUUGUCAGCAUAUAUAAGCACCGUGGUAAACAAGCUAGCUGCAAACAUGAAGCGCCUACAUGACUUGGGAGUGAAGAAAGUGAGCGUCACCUCUCUGGAGCCCUUAGGUUGUCUUCCCAGAACCACCGUCCGUUCAUCUUUCCGGCAAUGCAACGACACCGAGAACAUGGGCGUCGCGCUACACAACUCGCUAUUGCAGGAAACGGUGGCGCGGCUGAACAGCCAGACCGCCGACUCGCCUUACUUCAUUCUUGAUCUCUUUAGCCCCUUCAUCACCGUCAUCAAGCAGCAGAAGAAACUCAAAUCUGUAGAAGGUGGGAGGAGGUUCGAGACGCCAUUGAAGCCGUGCUGCAUGGGAGUAAGCGAGGAAUACAAGUGCUCUGAUGUGGACAAGAAAGGGAUGAAGAUGUACACGAUUUGCAGCGAUCCAAACGCGGCCUUCUUCUGGGAUCACGUUCACCCCACUCAGGCAGGGUGGCGGGCUGUUUAUGAUGCUUUGAAGGCCACUCUCCAUGAACAAGUAGUGUUCUAGCUUUCUGCAUGCAUGGUUUUCAUCAACUUCUCGUAUUUUCACUUGCACCCCUAGAUUCUUGUUUAGUUUAUAUUGGCCCCUUUUUGUUCUUAUAUGAA